AUGCCGUUUUCUGAUGAUAAAAAUGAUCCAGGCGAAGCGGAUGAAAUAAUCAAUGCUGAAAUUCUCGUUUUAAACCAAACAAGCAAAGAAAACUAUAUUGUUUGUCAUCAAAAAACCUUGCUUCCAGCGGAAAUACAAUCGAAAAAACGGCCAUUUCUUCCGUAUGGAUCUGUCGUAAAUGCAAGAUUUUUGUAUAAAAAGUCAGUAUUUUCAAAUUAUUUUUCAUCAAAAUUUCUGAUUUUUAGAAGCGAAGGAAAACUCAUCAUUCAAAAUAUAAAACAUGUACAAUCUGUGAAUAAAAUGAAAAUGUCCGAAAAAUGGAGUCAAAUCAAACUAGAAUAUUCGCAAAGUCUCAAAAAGCCAACAAUUAUUUGCAAUUGUUUAACAAAUGGUUGUUUCACUUAUCAAAACAUUGAUCUUUGUGAAUAUGCAGUUUUUAACGAUGUUCUUGGCAUAAUUUCGGAUCGAAAAACACUUCCAAAACAGCAAAUAGGUCGAUUAAUAUGUUCUGUUGUCAGCGAAGAACACGAAGGUCGCUGGAAAUUUUUCAUCGACAAAAUUGAAAAAUUCGAAAAAGUAUAUUCUUUAUCAAUGUCGGCGCGUCUUCUCGAAAAUGAGUAUUUUGGUUUAGUAACUCGCGAGGAAUGUGAUGAGAAACGCGAUCUUCGACUUGUUUCAAGUCGCGAUUUUCCCCGAGAUGUCCGAAUUUUCAAAAGUGGCACACAUUGUUGUCAUCCAUCUGAAAAAGUCGCGGGAAAAUCAACACAUGAUCAUUUGAAAUGCGUUCAAAUCGGAGUUAAUAGUAAGAUAAGAUAUGAAGGGAUGAAAUGGUUAAUAUUUUGUUUGCAGAUGUACAUUUGUUAGGCAAAUCGAUCGCAAUGAAAAUGAAAAAAUGUCAUGGAAUGGGUGUCAGUUCUCAAAAUAAUAACAACAAUAAUUUUGCGAAUAAUAACAAUAAAACUGAUGGCGAAGAACAUCAAGAACAAGAAUCUUCGUCUUCUUCUCCAUCGAUUUUGAAUAAUUCUGAAGGUCAACAUGUAAACGGUCGAAGUUUGCGUGAAAAUGUGACACAAUUAUCAGUAACAGUUCACGGUGGUUUUGUUGAAAUUGAGACAAUAUCCGAAUAUUCUGGAUUGACAGAUCAUAAUGGUUUUCCAUUGUUGUGGAGUCAUGAUGUGGAAUUUGUUGUCGAUUUUUCGAAAAUUUUUGAGGGGAAACGUGAGUUUUGAUUUCACUUCAAAAAUAAUCGAAUUUUAAAAUUUCCAGCUUAUGGAUUAUACAUUGUUAAAGUUGUUCGUUUUCAUCGCCCAAAUGUUUUUGCGAAAUGGCGACUGGCAAGAAGAGCGCCAAUCGUCAAAUCGCUUCAAAGUUGGUCCUUUAUUUGUUCGAAAAUUGAAAAUCAUAUAUUUUUCCUUUUUUCAGCAAAAUUUCAUUCUCGUCGAACGCACUCUGUUACAUUGGCAAUACUUGGUGAUGAUGUUCCUUUAGCCACAACAACAAAUUCGAGAUUUGGUUCAGAAGUGCAUAGUUGUUGUUUGCCUCGAACUGAUUCUUUGGAUAAUGUCGAAUUGUUUGAUGCGUUGGUUUUGAAUUCGAGUGGAUGUUCGACGGAAAAUGACAAUAAAUAUGUGAGUUCGACUGAUUUGGUGAGGUUUUUUGGAAUAAAUGGAAAAUUUAGAUCCGGGAUAUUUAUGUAA